GCUGAUGCCGCUGAUGCGCAAAAGCCGGUGGCAGGAAGAGAGCUGGAGCAAGUCCCUGCUCGAAUCGAAAAUGUAAUUUACGUCGAGAAAAGCUGAUAUAUGAGCCGGGGGAAACGCUCAGCCUCCACACUUCCUAUCUCAAACGCGUGGACAUGAUUCAAGUAAUCCUGACCUGAGCAUGCAGCAGAUCCGACGAGUGGACCGGGAAAGUUCUAAAGGCUCAGCGGGAAGCAGGGGCCUGAACUGAGCCUUUCUCCCUCAGUCUUUUGGACCUCUUCAGCCCCUAAUGGAUCGGUUCCACUGGUUUCAGCACAGAUGGCAACAUGUGGCCUCCACAGAGUCAAAGCAAGGCUGGUCCUCUGCCAAUGACUUGACGACCCCAAAAGCUGAUUUCGAUUCUCACGACCACUCAGGACGCAGGCUUCAUGGAAAACGAAGAACAGUGGUGGCACGAUAUGGGCCACUCUGGGCAGAAUACCAGAGCAUCUCUAAGGGCUAUCAAGGCAACAAUAUUCAGACCACCAAGUACACACUUCUCAGCUUCAUACCCAUGAAUCUGUUCCAGCAGUUUCACAGAGCGGCAAACGUGUACUUCCUGUUCCUGGUGUUGCUGAACUGGGUUCCGGUGGUGGAGGCUUUUCAGAAGGAGAUCACCAUGAUCCCACUCGUUGUCGUGCUCACCGUCAUCGCCUUCAAAGAUGCCAUAGAGGACUACAGACGCUACUGCUAUGACCAGAGGAUCAACAACAAUCUCACACAUGUGUACAAUCGUAAACAACGCCGCUAUGUGGAGAGGCGCUGGGCCGAUGUGUGUGUGGGAGAUGUGAUACAGUUAUGCUGUAAUGAGAUCAUACCUGCUGACAUGGUGCUGCUCCACUCAUCUGACUCAAAUGGAGUGUGUCACAUUGAGACUGCCAAUUUGGAUGGAGAAACCAACCUUAAACAGAGACAGGUGGUGAAAGACCUGCCACAACAAGGAACAGAAUUUACUCCAGAGAACUUCAGCAGUCGCAUUGAGUGUGAAAACCCAAAUGAUGAUCUGAGACGUUUUAGAGGCUACAUGGAGCACCCUGAUAAAGUACGUGUGGGAUUACAUAAUGAAAAUCUCCUGCUGAGGAGCUGUACAGUGAGGAACACUGAGACGGUGAUUGGCAUUGUGGUCUAUGCAGGUCAUGAGACAAAAGCAAUGCAAAAUAAUAGUGGCCCGCGCUAUAAGCGAAGUAAAUUGGAGCGUAAACUCAACAUGGACAUUAUUUGGAGUGUUGUGUUACUACUGCUCAUGUGCGUUACUUCUGCUGUAGGACAUGGUGUAUGGCUGAGCGGCCUGAAGGAUCCAGUCUUUAUGAUCUCAGAUGGCACACACCCAGCUCUUGCUGGCUUCUACAUGUUCUGGACUAUGAUCAUUGUUCUGCAGGUUCUCAUUCCCAUUUCUCUGUACGUGUCUAUAGAAAUAGUGAAAUUAGGGCAGAUCUAUUUUAUCCAGAAUGAUCUGGAUCUGUAUAAUGCCAGGCUGGAUACUGGUAUACAGUGCAGGGCUCUGAAUAUCACUGAGGAUCUGGGACAGAUCCAGUACUUGUUCUCAGAUAAGACAGGAACCCUCACAGAAAACCGCAUGCUGUUUCGUCGGUGCACUGUCGCCGGCAAGGAAUAUCCUCAUAAUGAACAUGCAAAAGCUAUGGAGCAGUAUGAGGAGCAGGUUGCAGGCCAACCUGAUCGGACACUCGCGCUGCGUUCUAGCUCCAGAAAGUCUCUCAGUUGCAACCGCAGCUCUGUAUCCCUCAACACCCUUACUGCUGCUUCUGACACACACUCGCCACAUAGCACACUCAACCGUCACGUAGCUGGGGCUUUUAGCAGUGCCAUGGAGUGUGCAGUGAUUCCAGAUGUGGAGCUGCAUGAAAAGCUGCGAGCCCUUUCGUUUCCUCGGUGCUCUUCUAUUAAGUAUGAUGCCUCAGAACUCUCACACAUCUUAGACUUCUUCCUUGCCCUGGCUGUCUGCAACACUGUGGUGGUUUCCUCCCCCAGUCAGCCACGUCACGUGGUGAAGACACCAGUGGCUCGCACUCCUUUACGCUCUCUGGAGGAAAUGAAGACUCUUUUGCAGAAAUUGAGUCGUCCUCGCUUUUCAAUGUCUCCCAUUGAGAGCACGGACAGCCCUCCUGGCCACACCAGGAGGUUCUUUUCUCUCGGCCGUAACAGUCACAAUACGCCUCAACACACACCUACAAACACUCCGUCACCCAGCCCUGCCAUCACGCCUCAACAGCAACACCACAUAGAGGUCUCGGAACAAGACUGUGAUGAAGAUAAUAAAGAAGAAGAUGAUGAUAAAGAGGAAGAAGAGGAGUUGCUAUAUGAGGCAGAGAGCCCGGAUGAGGCUGCACUGGUGCAGGCUGCAAAGGCAUACGGCUGCACUCUGCUGGGCAGGUCCCCAGAGCAGCUGCUGGUUGCCCUGCCAGGCACCGGGCCACUCACUGUGCCACUGCUUCACUUACUGCCCUUCCACUCCGUCCGCAAGACAAUGUCAGUAGUGGUAUGUCAUCCACUCACCAGCCAGGUGGUGGUCUACACCAAAGGAGCUGACAAUGUCAUUAUGGAACUGGCUGGGACAGCAGAUAAUGGAGAUUGUUCUAGAGAGAUCAUCAAGCGAACACAGCGACACCUAGAUGACUAUGCCAAGGAAGGCCUUCGAACACUCUGUGUUGCAAAAAGAGUCCUGCAGGAGGUGGAGUACAAGGCCUGGCUAACUGAGCAUGCUUUUGCUGAAACCAGUAUUGAAAACAGAGAAGAACUACUUUUAGAAUCUGCUCAGAGACUGGAAACUAACCUUACAUUAUUAGGGGCAACAGGUAUAGUGGACCGAUUACAGGAAGAUGUUCCAGAGACGAUUGAAGCUUUACAGACAGCAGGGAUUAAAGUGUGGGUGCUCACAGGGGACAAACAGGAGACGGCCAUUAACAUUGCAUGUGCCUGUAAACUUUUGCGACCGACUGACCAAUUACUUACUGCCAACUGUGACAGCAAGGAAGCAUGUGAAGUUCGGCUUUUGGAACUCCAGCAAGAGAUCAGUGUCCUUAAAGAGAGGGGUUUGUCUAACACUGAUACGGCUGUGUCUCAGGAUGAUGCUGACAUCUCCGGUUUUACUCUAGUGAUUGAUGGCCGCACAUUAGACUUUGCCCUGCAAAAGGAUUUACAGAAAGUAUUCCUGGAUGUAUCGGUCAGUUGUCGAUCGGUCAUAUGCUGCAGAUCUACCCCACUGCAAAAGAGCCAAGUCGUUCGACUUGUUGGUGACUCACUGGGAGUCAUGACCCUUGCUAUAGGUGAUGGAGCAAAUGAUGUCAGUAUGAUUCAGGUGGCAGAUGUGGGAGUUGGCAUCUCUGGUCAGGAAGGCAUGCAGGCUGUGAUGUCCAGUGAUUUUGCCAUCUCCAGAUUUAAACAUUUGAGAAAACUACUGCUGGUUCAUGGGCAUUGGUGCUACACUCGACUGGCUAACAUGAUCCUGUACUUCUUUUAUAAGAAUGUUAUGUAUGUGAAUCUGCUCUUCUGGUUCCAGUUCUUCUGUGGUUUCUCAGGAAGCACCAUGAGUAACUCCUGGGUGCUCAUCUUCUUUAAUCUACUGUUUACAUCAGCUCCACCUCUGCUGUAUGGAAUGCUGGAUAAAAAUGUGUCUGUUAACAUACUCCUGUCCUUGCCACAGCUGUACAAAGCUGGACAGAACAAUCAGGCCUACCUCCCCUCCACCUUUUGGCUGAACAUGUUAGAUGCAUUUUACCAGAGCCUGGUCUGCUUCUUUAUUCCAUAUUGUUCAUAUGCAGGUUCCGACAUCGACCUAUUCUCAUUUGGUUCUCCCAUCAAUGGUUCAGCUCUUCUCAUCAUCCUUCUGCACCAGGUCAUCGAGAGCCACACAUUGACAUGGCUCCAUGCAGUGGUGUUACUAGGCAGUGCCCUCUUCUACUAUGUGUUUGUACUAGUAUACAGUGUCACAUGUGUUACAUGUAACUCUCCCACAAACCCAUAUGGCAUAGAGACCAAACAGAUGUCUGAACCACUGUAUUACUGUGUGUGCGGAGUCACUACUGUCCUCGCACUGCUGCCCAGGCUGUUGUGUCGUGUCCUGUCUAACUCCAUCUGUCCGUCUGACAUAGUGAAGGCUCAGAAACUGGACAGGUCCUCCACAUGGCAAUAUUGGAACAGUGUCCAACAAAGGAAAGAAGACAAAUCUGCCAAAGUAAAAUUGAACUCUAGACUGCUUCCUCAGACUCUCAGUUUGAAUGCAGACAUGCGCCACUUUGCGAACUGCAGUUCAGAGGCUGGUCCUGUACCCACAUGAGCAAAAGACACGUUGUAGUUUUGGGAAAAUCUGACCAAUCCACAAACUGGUUUUGCUGGUUUUGAGUAAAUAAUGUGUUUACUUUCACUGACAUUUCCAUCUUUCAUCAAAACUACGCCUAUUAGCCUGUAUGUUACGUGUGUACAUAGCUUAUUGUAGAGUGCCUCAAGCUAGCACUCCACAUCCACAAUCUACAUAGAGUAGGUUUUCUGACAGAAUAAAUAAAAGGCUGAAUAAUAUUAGACUAUCUGAAACAGACAUGAUUUUCAUAUUUACAUGAUAUGCUGGACAAGGGUGUUGGUUUUAGUGCAUUAUGCUAAAUACCAAAAUGCUAGGCCUCCCUGUAAGAAAAACUAAUACGAGUUUCAGAAGACAAUCACUGUAAGAAGAGAAAAUGAGAUUUAUCAGGUUUACUGCUACUUGAUAAAACUGACCCAAAUGGAGGAGUUCCAGUUUGAUAUCAUCAGCGGUACAGGAUGUGCUCGCGUGUGUGUGCCAACACAAACAGGAAGUGCCCGUUUUGUUGGGAUUGAUGUUUACAUGUAUAUCCAUUUACAUGUACAGCAUUUGGUAUUAGUGUUAGAAGUGUUUUUUCCUGUCAAAAUCAUAUCCUAGUACAUAAAAUUCAUACAGAUCAGGGUCUAAUUGUCUUAAGGGAGAAUCCUGGUAGAUAAAAGUUCAAGGAGUUUGUACAGCAACACAAACAGCACAGGUUUUUUAAUACACAUUGUUGAAGCAAAUGUUACAGCGUUACAAAAAACAGUAACAGUAAAAAAAGUUUAAACCAAGGUUUAAUAAGACUCCUGUAGAAUUAUUUCUACUCCCAACACACCUCAGUCUAUGAGAGAUGGAUAACCUAUGCAGGGUGGUGGGCCUCCAGACCACACUGCAAAAGCAACUCUGAGAGGCUUUGAGAGUAUUAAGUUUGGGGGGCAUAAAAACAAACUGAGUACUUUUAUUUUUUUUAUGUACAUUUAUUUACUUUUGACUGCACAAUAUGAGCGAAACUAUAAUGUGAAAGACUUUAACCGAGAUACGUCUUGUGAUUUGUGAAUGUUUACACAAGGUUAAUGUCCAUCAACACACCCAAAAAACCAUCCAGGACAGGAAGUUCACAGCAUAAAAAAUCAUUUAUAUAGGUCAUUUGUUACUGGGCUUAUUUUAUAUUAUAUCCUUCUGCAGUACCAGUAUUUCAGUGUUGUAAUAACUGUGAACAUUCAUGAUGCUCAGAUAUUGCAAACUAUAAGUGCAAACCAUGUUGUUGACUCAAUAGUUCACGUAGCGUUUUUUCUGUAGUCAGUGCUAAUGCAUUUCAGUGAUACUGAGAAGGAAGCUGAAAUGAAUGUCUUUCAAUCACUUUUUUUUUCUUCAGAAAAUGAUGUGUGUGUUGAUCUGUGAUUACCAUUAAGAACAAUGUAAUGAGGAAUGAAUUUGAUAUUUGACCAUGUGAUUAUGUGACUGAAAUACCUGUUGGAAAAAAAUUGGGGGCGUGUUUUUUUGUUUUGUUUUGUUUUUGUUUUUUGUUUGUUUGAGUUUCUUUGUGUAUUUUUGUACGCUAUUGUAAGUUUUGAAAGAUUUACAAAUUCAGGAUAGAAUAUGAACAGCCUCAAGAAAAAUUGUUUAAAAAAUGAAAUAAAAUUGAGAAAGU